UCAGUUUAAUUCUCUGUGUAACUACCUGGCGAGGGCAUGGUCUCCCGAAGGCGGUUGUCAUAUCUGCAGUGAGGAGACACGGGACCUUUCAAAAACCCCGGAUUCAGAACUUCCAAUAGUUCAGCUGACCAUCUUCAUCACUCAGCCGAUUCCCUUUCUGGAGGUCUUUUUCGAGCGCAUUGCCAAGUUGAACUAUCCGAAAGAUCGUAUGCAUCUGACUACACAUUGCCUCGUGGAAAAACAGCAAAAGUUUGUAGAUGAUUUCACGACGACACACGGAUCUUCCUAUCGAUCCGUGAACCUUAUUGAUGCCAAAAUAUUCAACAGCGAGAGGACGGCAUUCGUUGAAGCAGCGUCCUCAUGCCUCAAGGAGGAGACCUGUGAUUACCUCUUCUACGUCGAUGGCACAGUCCAGUUCACCGAUCCCGAUGUCCUCAGACACUUGAUGGCAGCAAACCGUAGUGUUAUCGCCCCAAUGAUGACCCGCCGAGGGAAGUUCUGGUCAUCCUUCUGGGGAGACGUGAGUGAAGACGGAGGCUACAUUCGCUCCAACGACUACUUUUCCAUCGUGGAGCGUACAAAGAUGUAA